GUGCUUUUGAUUUCUUUUUCUAGUUUUUUCACCCAUCAAACAAGCAACCAGACACAAAAAAAAUAAAAUAAUCAUAAUCAAACCAAAGCGUCCAAAUAGAAUGCCCCACGCAUUGUGUGUCAUUUCAGUUCAUCCAUUUUUCUUGCCAGUGCCUACUUUCCCGCAGCCAUCUUGUUUUCAAUUUGGGGUUCCUACAAACCCCACCAAUUCUUCUGUGAAAUGAUCAACAUUUCUACUCUCCUAUGAUCAUACACUGCACAAUCAAGCAACCACCCACUUCCAAAUGGCCCUACACUCUUUCAUCAUCUCAGCCACCGCGUACAAGAGCUCAGAAAUUAUGAACACCUAAACUAAUUAUACUCUCAUGCAAAUGGCUCAUGAAUGUCAAUUAAUCAGCAUGUGUCACUCUAUAUAUAUAUAUAUAUAGUUCAUGAAAGUGACUAAACUGCUUGUAUGUACACAUAACGUGUGUGUUAGCUUCAAACCCUUAUAACUUGACCACAAACCCUGAGCUCCCUUGUCUUUGCAGCUGAGCUAGCUAGCUAGGUAGGAAGUCGAUCCAUCGGUGAUGCCAUCUUGGCUGGGGGUGUUUUCAUUCCGGGUGUGCCUCGACGGGUGUCGGGACCAAGCCCAACAGGUCUCGGGGCUCGGCACGAGGAUCUGGAACCUGAGCGACCGGCCGGUGGAGCUGCAGAUAAGGGUAGGAUCCAUACUGAAGAAGGGUCACACUUUGAAGCCUGGGUCAUCCAAGAGACUGAAGUGCAAGCACCUUUACAGGAGUUACAUGCCUGCAGUGGUGGGUGGUGGGAGAAACAGUGAUGGGGGGAUUAAGAGCUUGCUGUAUUACUAUGAUGAGACUUGCCACCCUUAUGUUUGGAUACAUGACAGUUUGGGUGAUUUCAGUAGGAAUAGGAUGGUUAAGCAGCAGUAUAUCAGCCUAGAGGAUCUGAGGGAUUUUUCUGAGAUCAGGAUCUUCAGGGACCAUCAGAGAGGCUGCAUCUCGGUUCGCAAGAAAUCGAGGCCAGAAUUGUGCUGAAUUUUUGCUUGUUAGUUUUAAUUUAAGUCAAUCUAUCUGUAUGUAUGCAUUGUUGGUGGAUUAAUUAUAAUUUUCUUUU